AUGCAAGCCUCGCAGGUUAAAGAGGCUGCGACGCAGACGCUAGCUCGGGUACAUCAGAAGCCCGUUGACACUCAUGGCCAUGAUGCUUCCAUUGCCUUGAGCUCCAUGGCUCUCGGCUCCUCAAGCCAAACGUCUCCACAGGGCAAGAGCCACCACAAAGCGGGUGCUGACAACCCUUACCGCGGCGGCAGUACCGACACCCUGCUGGGCGUUGCGGCGGAGUCGCAGGGGUCUAGGAGGCCAUCGGUGAGGUUGGACUCGCCUUCACCUUCCGCUUCACCGUCCCCUCCCUCGGGGUCUGGGAGUGACCGUGCCAAGGGCAGCCGACCUAACUCCUUGAGCCCUUCUCCACGGAGAGGUCCUUUGUUCGGCUGA